CUCAACUUAAUUUUCAUGAGUAAAUUGUUAGCCGAUCAACAUAGAUCAAGUCUCAAGUCUAAAUCAAGUUACAAUUUUGUUUAUCGUACCAAUCAACUAAUCAACAAGAUGAUUAAAAAAGUUUUAUCUAUUUUCCUAUUGUUAACUAUCAUCUCAACAAUUAAAGCUGAACCGACUCCCAAAAAUGUAUUAACAUUUAGAUGUCAAAAAAUGUUGGAAGGAAUAAAAAAUGGCUCAUUUGAAAAGGCCCAAAAGGAGCUAGAAGAUUGUAGAGAACAAGCCGUACCUAAGGACAUCUUUGCUGCGGUCAAUAAAUGUGACGAGCAAUUGCCCAUGAAAACUGCCGAUCAAGUGACCAAAAUUUGUGCUGAUAUUGACGGAAAUGUCGCAAAAUUUGAAGAGGUUAAGAAGUGUACUGAUCAAGCUCUUGGAAAGGAGAACAUGGGAAAAUUUAGGGAGUGUUGUAAGAAAAUGGCUGGAGGAGAUCCAAAGCCUCCGCAAUAAACUGGGCUUAUGAUUGAACUUCAAUUGUGAUUAACGAUCAAUACCUUUGGUUUUCAUUUAAUUUUGAAUUUGAUUUCUGCUUUUCUUUCAAUGAAUUUAAUUGCUAAUAAAACUUGUCAUGAUAAUUA